UCCAUGCUGUGAGAGUACGGAAUUCACAAACCCCAACAACCAUACUCUCUCCAUCUCUCUCUUUAAAUGCAGCAGUUGGUGCAUCUCCCAAACUGUCCCCAAUUAACACAAGGAGCACCAGAGCAUAUACUCUUUAUUUCUUUAUCAAGCCAACAGUCAAUUCGAUCACUACUUUUCGCAUUUGGCGAUCGCCAUAUUCAUUCAUCGAUCCUAUGGCGGUGGUGAGUUCCGGGAGCGGAGGCGGCAUUUGGAAGAGGAACAUCGAAAGGCGGAGGAAGAUGGAGGACCGCCAAACGCACUCUCCAGGCGCCGGCGCCGGAACCGACGCCAGCAGAAAGACGGAAACGCAGCCGCGAGCGCUGAAGCAGAAGGAGAAAGAGAAGCGGUGGGCGCUGCUGACGUUCGCAGAGCUGCCGGAGUACUUGAAGGACAACGAGUUCAUUCUGAGUCACUACCGAGCCGAUUGGCCACUCAGGGAUGCCUUCUUCAGCAUCUUCCGCUGGCACAACGAGACGCUCAACAUUUGGACGCAUUUGAUCGGGUUCGUUCUAUUUGUGGGAUUAACUAUUGCAAAUUUGAAGCAAGUGCCGGUUGUGGAUAUCUUCAGCAUUUUCUCCUGGUCAUUUUCGAUAGAUACUGACAAAAAUGUUUCCAAUAAGUCGAAGAAUUUCUUUUCAGACACGACUAAGCUCGUCGAUCUGAAACAGCCACCGCCGUACGAGCAGGUGACAGGGCCGCCGUCGACCCCCGCCGCGGCGCGGUGGCCGUUCUUCGUCUACCUAUGCGGCGCCAUGUUUUGCCUCCUCUCGAGCUGCAUAUGCCACGUUUUCUCCUGCCACUCUCACCACAUGAACAUCCUCCUCCUCCGAAUCGACUACGUCGGCAUCGCCGUCAUGAUCGUCACCUCCUUCUUCCCGCCGAUCUUCUACAUCUUCCAAUGCGAGCCGCACUGGCAGCUCCUCUACCUUGCCGCCGUCACCGGAUUCGGGAUCUUCGCCGUCGCGACCCUCUUCUCGCCAGCGCGCUCCACGGCAGAGCACCGCUCGUUCCGGGCGCUGCUCUUCCUCGCGAUGGGGGCGUCCGCCGUCAUUCCAGCGAUCCACGCCGUCGCCGUCAACUGGCGCGAGCCACAGUGCCUGCCGACGCUGGGAUUGGAGGGAGCCAUGGCUCUGUCGUACGUGGCGGGAACGGUUUUCUACGUGAGCAGGGUCCCGGAGCGGUUCAGCCCCGGUCGGUUCGAUUUGACGGGUCAUAGCCACCAGAUCUUUCACGUUUUUGUGAUCGCGGGAGCGUUGGCGCAUUACGCCGCCGUGCUCACGUUUGUUGAGUGGCGCGACGCCGUGGGGUGCGGCGGCCUUGCCGCAAAAUAAAUAAAUAAGUAAAUAAUUGAUUUAUUUAAUAUGCCGAAUUGUCGCUUAUGCCCUUAGAAGUUGGGGGGUGCUUGUUUCGUUUUGGCAGGAGAUUAUUGGUUUGUUGACUGUUGGUUUUGUAGGCCUUGGUUCACGUUAGCCGCAUGAGUAGUGAUCUAAGAUCCUCCACCAAUGGUGAUUUAAAUCAUUCGGCUUGGCACGUGGCAAUGUGUGAAUUGAAAUAAAAAUUUCGAUCCAAAUAAAAAUGAUAAAAGAUAACUUUAUCGGUUGAAUAUGUAAUAGUGUGAUAAAUAUACAUUUUUCACUUUUAUUUUUUGUAAUAAAAUGUCUUAUCAACUUGUGAUGUAAAUAAUUAAAUAUGACCGUUUUUUUUUUCCAA